AUGCGCCCAACUUGGGACGUGCUCACCUACCACGAACCUCACAGUAGCUCGGGAGCAAAGGCUGAGUGCGGUCGCCAACUGCCUUUACAAACUUCGUUCAAGCAAGCCGCUACAGUCAUGGCAGAAGACGACAUUGCCAAUGCCAAGUUGCAGUGCCAUUCGUUCCUGGAGGGGCUCCUUGAGGACGAUGACGACAUUGAAGAAUUUCGGCGACUGAGUCUCGAGUCCAAAUCAUUGGCAAUGGGCGUUGGACAAGGAGACGAUUCUUUGGAAACUGUCAUCGUACUAGAUGACGGAACAUCGGACGAUGGUAUCCAAGGCAUCGACACCGACGCGGCCCUGCUGCGUGGAUCGCCGCAAAGAUGCUGCUGUGGCGACCGCAGAGGUCUAAAGAUGCGAGAGGCAUUGCGGGAUGAAACCAGCGGUAUUCUUGUCGCGACGGGAGGGCGAUUCCCGUGUCUUCAUAUAGGGGUCAGCGGACUUGGGCAGAACAGGAGAUACCUGCUCGCCCUCGACUUCUGUCAAAUCGCCAGCGACGUAGACCUUCGGUUCCUAGAGUUCACCGAGCCGUAUUACAUGCCCCGGCCAAACCACCUCAAAGGACGGCAGUGGAUGGGCAGCGCUCUCUACUUCAACCUCACCUCCAUCGCCAACGGGGGCCUUCAAGAAAGCGCCAUGACCCUGAAGGUGGACUGCGAGUACGAGCCUACACUGCGACUCCUCGAACUGAGGGACGAUCACUUACCCUCGGGCACGUCAGCCAUCCGCUUCACACUCAAAGGAAGCGAGUUCUUGGUGGUUUCCCUCACGAGUGAGGUUCGUGUCAGCAAGGACACGUUGGCGAGAAAAUUUCUACUCGUGCGCAAGUCUGAGAUGACUAGGGGAAAUUUCAGCCCUCAGUGUUACCGCAGUACGCCAUCCAGAAACCAUCUCGAUUACUUCCCCAGAGCAACUGUCCGGCAGUCGAUCUCCCAACCAUACGGGGAACAACGCUGCUUCACCCAAACAGACUAUCGUACCAAAAACUUAGCGACAAGAGCUGUUAGAAGCGAAUUCUCGGACGCCAUUUCGACCUCCGGCUCGCACGUUCGACUCAAUGCCUUCGACCAGACACAGCAAGACUUCUUCGGCGGCAGCUGGAAGUCGAUGCCUGCCGCUCAGCCGCCCAUUCCGCACCCCAUGUGGCAGCCUCGGGGAGCCCCGAGACCCAGCUGCGUGCCGACCAGCGGUCACCUGGAGCUGACUACCCUGUUCCAAAGGCUGCAGAACUCGAAGGCCAGGCCGCUCACGGAACCAUGUCUCCCAAGUCGCAGCUUCGUCGCUCCGAACGAAGCUCGACCGUCGGUGCCGCCGUUCGCGUCCCAGCCGCAGGACUUCGACUGGCCGAACAACGGUUCCGCAGCUCCGCCCGUGCUGAGGGUCAACUACGACAUCGUGCCCGGCAGCUACCUUCACUGGGUGGCGCUGGCCAGGAGCAGCCUUGCUAGGCAAGCCGUGGAUCAGAGCCAGCCUCAGCAAGUCCAGCCUUCUCAGCAGCUCCAGCAGCAAGAGCGGCAACAGACGAAGCAGGAGAUGGAUACGCAAGUCUCUUCACAGGCAGCUGCGCCAGACGAAAACGGCGCAGAGGACAGCAGCGCUGGGAUAGCUGGACACUCCGUAACCUAUUUUUUGCCCUGAGUCUUUUUUCUUUUUCUAUUCAGCGGGUUCGCCUUUAUUUCUAAAACGUUUGAUUGCCUUUAUUAAUAAAAGUUUGCUAAUUUCUGUCACAUAAUACCUUGAAAUAACGAUUGUAAUUUUUAGGCCAUUUAAUCUUGUGUGUGAAGAAUGUGCAGACCCUUUUCAAAAGUCCGCGCCAUCACCUGUCCGCCAUUGCUUGAUCACUUACUUUGAGCAUGUACUGGAUACGAGGG